GUGGUGGGGGUUGCACUGCGGUAACAUGGCUCUUCCUUAGCCAGCGGCGGUGGCGGCCGGAGGUGGGGUAGAGCGGUCCUGCCUCUCCGGCGGCGCGUCCCCGAGCUGCAGGGGUCCGGCGGGUCGAGGCUGGGCGGUGGUGGCGGAUGCCGGAGGAGCGCGGGCCCCGCCGCUUGGCGGCCCCUGGGUCACGAUGAGCGCCUCAGCGUCGGUCGGGGGCCCGGUGCCCCCGCCGCCCCCGGGCCCGGCCGCCUCGCUGCCCCCCGGUUCCGCCGCGCGGGCCCUGCAUGUGGAGCUGCCCUCUCAGCAGCGACGUCUUAGACACCUUCGGAACAUUGCUGCCCGGAACAUUGUUAAUAGAAAUGGCCAUCAGCUCCUUGAUACCUACUUCACGCUUCACUUGUGUAAUACUGAAAAGAUAUAUAAAGAAUUUUAUAGAAGUGAAGUGAUUAAGAAUUCCUUGAAUCCAACGUGGCGGAGUCUCGAUUUUGGAAUAAUCCCGGACCGUCUUGAUACAUCCGUGUCUUGUUUCGUGGUGAAGAUAUGGGGUGGAAAGGAGGACAUUUACCAGCUUUUGAUUGAAUGGAAAGUCUGUUUGGAUGGGCUGAAAUAUUUGGGUCAGCAGAUUCAUGCCCGCAACCAAAAUGAAAUAAUUUUUGGGUUGAAUGAUGGCUACUAUGGUGCUCCGUUUGAACAUAAGGGAUAUCCAAAUGCUCAGAAGAAUAUUCUUCUUCAGGUGGAUCAGAACUGUGUUCGCAAUUCUUAUGAUGUUUUCUCUUUGCUGCGGCUUCAUAGAGCCCAGUGUGCAAUUAAACAGACUCAGGUAACUGUUCAGAAAAUUGGAAAGGAAAUUGAAGAAAAGCUAAGGCUCACAUCUACAAGCAAUGAACUGAGAAAACAAACUGAGUGCUUGCAAUUAAAAAUUUUGGUGCUUCGAAAUGAACUGGAAAGACAGAAGAAAGCUUUGGGACGAGAGGUGGCAUUACUGCAUAAGCAACAAAUUGCAUUACAGGACAAAGGAAGUGCAUUUUCAACUGAGCACCUCAAGCUCCAACUCCAGAAGGAAUCCCUGAAUGAAUUGAGGAAGGAGUGUACUGCGAAAAGAGAGCUCUUUCUGAAGACUAAUGCUCAGUUGACAAUUCGUUGCAGGCAAUUACUAUCUGAGCUUUCCUACAUUUACCCUAUUGAUUUGAAUGAGCAUAAGGAUUACUUUGUAUGUGGUGUCAAGUUGCCCAAUUCUGAGGACUUCCAAGCAAAAGAUGAUGGAAGCAUUGCUGUUGCCCUUGGUUACACUGCGCAUUUAGUCUCCAUGAUUUCCUUUUUCCUACAAGUACCCCUAAGAUAUCCUAUAAUUCAUAAGGGAUCUAGAUCAACGAUCAAAGAUAAUAUCAAUGAUAAGCUGACUGAAAAGGAGAGAGAGUUUCCAUUAUAUCCAAAAGGAGGGGAGAAGUUACAGUUUGAUUAUGGUGUCUAUCUUCUGAACAAAAACAUAGCACAGCUAAGAUAUCAACAUGGACUAGGGACUCCAGACUUGAGGCAAACCCUCCCUAACCUGAAAAACUUCAUGGAACAUGGACUAAUGGUCAGGUGUGACAGACAUCACACCUCCAGUGCAAUCCCUGUUCCAAAGAGACAAAGCUCCAUAUUUGGAGGCGCAGAUGUAGGCUUCUCUGGGGGGAUCCCGUCCCCAGACAAAGGACACCGGAAACGGGCCAGCUCAGAGAACGAGAGACUCCAGUACAAAACCCCUCCCCCCAGUUACAACUCCGCGCUGGCCCAGCCUGUCCCCACUGGCCCUUCCAUAGGAGAAUCUGAGCAAAAGACAACAUCUCUGUCCUCCUCCUUGGAUACCUCCUUGGACUUCUCCAAAGAAAACAAGAAAAAAGGAGUCGAUUUGGGUGACAGAUUAAACGGAGGUCAUGUGGGUGUGAACACUAGCCAAGAACAAGAAGAAGCCCUCUCUGGGCAUCCAGCCACCGUAAACGGCACUGUGCUUCCCAGCGAGCAGGCGGGCUCCUCCAGCAUCCGGCUUCCGGGUGAGUUCCACCCGGUCUCGGAGCCCGAGCUCUGCUGUACGGUGGAACAGGCGGAAGAGAUCAUCGGGAUGGAGGCCACCGGCUUCACCUCGGGCGACCAGCUAGAAGCCUUUAACUGCAUCCCGGUGGAUAGUGCCGUGGCGGUGGAGUGUGACGAGCAAGUUCUGGGAGAAUUUGAAGAAUUCUCCCGAAGGAUCUAUGCACUGAACGAAAACGUGUCCAGCUUCCGCCGGCCACGCAGGAGUUCUGAUAAGUGACGUGAGCAGCCAGCCGGUGGGAGCAGGACAGAGGCGCUGCCUAAAAGGAGGCUAAAACUGCACUGGUUACCCCUUGUAAUAAUUAUGACACAAAAUGAAUAUUAGUGGAGGAUAUUCCUCAGAAAAACAGACUUUGUAAAUCAAGGAGGGACUCAGGAUCAUUGUGUAUCAGUGGGCCAGACAAAGUUAGGUUUUGCUUGCAAGAUGUGCUUUUCAGGCCUGAUGAUUGUUUUAAGACAAAAGUCAUUCUCUAGCUCGAGUCACCUUAUAGGUAUUUGUCUGCUUUUGAAUUUACAUUUCUGUGUUAUGCUCAGAGGGGAGAUGAUAAUAUAUAAAUAAUAUAAUAAACUCACCUUUAGUUUCUCAUAAGCAUUUGCCCUCACCGUCGUUUAUAAAAGCUUGGGAAGACCAAAUAUUCCAAAAAAGAUUUUCUCCAUUUACUGAAAGGAUCUUUGACCAUCCAUGAGUUUGAUGAAUAAGAAGCACAAUGGUCUCCUUACACCUGGCCUCCCUGCCUCUGUCCCUUUUCACCCCAUCCGCUCCCCAACCUUCAUAGUGGAUGGGUUGUGCACCCUGAACACUGACGACAUCGGAUUCACUGGUUCUUGAACACAGUGGCCAGGACCUUCUGUCUCCUCAGCUCAGCCAUACCUUUGAUGUAACCAUUAAAUUAAAGGAAAAACCUCAUUUCUGGUAGAUCCCAGGGGACACUCCAGGACCCCCGUGGUUACAACAGUGAGAUGGCAUCCAGUCCCUCCAGGGGCCAGAUUUCUUAUGUGGGCGGAUGCUGCAGUCAAAAACCAGGCAUGCUCUCUGCCAAUGCACUUACCAGACAGAAAUACCUGUAUGUAAAUUCCAUGCUAAUUUAUUAAAUUUCAGUUGGAAAGGAAGGUGCUGGAUAUGAUGUAUCAUCUGGAGAGUCAGACUGAUGUACAGAGCUUGAGGCAAUCAUAAUAGUUGGAUGAAAAGGCUUAGAUGAGGCAUAGAUACUAUUGGUAUAUGUGCAGGCUCAUUCAUAGUAAAUUAUGUUCUUGAAGUCCGAUUUCAUUCCUGGAGCUCAGAUCUCAUUUGCUAUUAUUCUAUACUUUAUAUACCCAAGGACAUUGCCUCAGGGUUGCAAGCUCUUUAAGGAGAAAUUUAUGCAUAUAUCCAUGUAUUGUAUAGAAGAAUAAAAACUGAAUUUACUUCACUUGA